AUUUUCACAAAAAUUAUAAUUCGAUGCAUUUUUAAAAAUAAACCCAUCAUAAAAACUAGAAUAAUGAGGGAAUAAAUAAAUUUUAGCAUUUGGUACGAUAUUUUCAUGGAAAUUGAUUUGUCAAAUCCUGAAUUUGAUCGCGCUCUUAUAUUUUGAAAAUAGCCUAUACAAUGCACAAUAUUCCAUUAUCAAUAAAUUAAAUUAAGAUUUAAGCAGAUUAUAAUAAAUAAAUUCAUACGUAGUUAAUAUAGAGAAUUUAAAAAAAUAAUAUACAGGUAAAUGAAUAUUUCUGAGGCUAGAAUAGUAGGCUAAUCACCACCUCAAAAAUUCUCGAAGUUAAACCAAUCUCAAUAAUUAAUUCCUGAAGAAUGUCUUCCUCCAACCCUUUAAAGCCUUAACCCUUCUCCAAGAAGGGAAAUUUAUAAAAAAGGAAUAAAGAAAACUUAUAAAAUGAAAGUAACUUUUGUUGCUAUUUGACAUUAUUAGGAUAAUGAAAGAAAGAAGAUGGUAUGGUGUAAUAUAUACGUAAAUGAAAUGGAUCCAAUCUAAUUGGCUAGGUCAAAAAAAGGAAGUAAGAUAAUAAAAUUACUUCUUUUAGAGUAAUGCCGAAUUUGCUCAAUGGAAGAAGAAACAUCAAGAUUCAUAUAUCCUUGUAUGUGCAGUGGGACAGCAAAAUAUGUACAUGAGGAAUGCUUUAAAAAUUGGAUUCUUUUAAAGAAUGGUGUUGAAAAGGUUUAUAAAAAUGAUGUAAGCGAUUUAUGAUUAUAAUAUAUCAGAUUAAAUGUGAAGUUUGUCAACAUAAGAUAUCUAUGAAAGUUCACUUUUAAGAGGAAGUUCAUUCUUCCAUAAUUUAUGAGGUCCCAAAGCAUUAAAAAGCUUGCUGGCUUAUACUAAUCUUUAUAAUUUUGUUGCAGAUAGCUGGUGCUGCAAUUUUAGGAGUAUUUGUAGGUUUUUCUAAUGUUGGCUUAGCAGCAGCUAUUACUUUAUUAGGAGUUAUUUCAAUCGUCCUAAUUAUUUAUCUUAUUGCUAAAGUAAUGCACAGUUUAACAGUUGAAACCAUUGUUUAAUGGGUAUUUCAAAAUUACCAAAAAGAAAAUAGUACAGAUAAGGUUGGAACUAUUAUUAACAUACCAUAACAACCUCCUCAAAACGCAAGUCCUAGGAGUCCUAGAUAGAGAAGAAAAUCUUGUGCACCAUAAUUCUAAGGACUUUAAAUUAUUUAAUUUGACUAAUACCCAUAAGAUGCUUGAACAUCUUACAUAUGAUUAUUUAAACUAUAUAAAUAUGUACUCAGC